CGCUGCCUUAGCACCUUAGUGCAGCUAUUAAUAGAUGUUACAUGCCAUAUAGUAUUGAGUGUAUUGUCCUUUCCUUAUGGUGUAACAAGUGCGGCAGUAGAAUCUUCUCAUUUCUUCUUGUCGUGGUCUUUGAUAUUUCUUAAAAUUUCAUUUUUUUAAGGGUCAAGUUUUAAAUAUUUCUACCAGAUAGAAAGACGCUCUCAAGCAAAUGGGGUCUUCACAGUCAACAACUUUAGAUCCCAAAAUAAAAGAAAUAUUUUCUCACCGUCGACUGGAAACAGAUAUGGAAGCACGAUCUCUUUAUAAAGGUCAACAAACGGCGCAACAUUACGCUGCGCACAGGCCUGGCUACCCUCCAGAAAUGUUCGAUAUCAUUAUGUCGUAUCACAAGCAAGUCAAAACCAGCGGCCAUGAACUGGCUGUGGAUGUCUGCUGUGGUACCGGGCAGUCCACUAUCCCCCUGACCAAGCUGUUUAGACAAGUAGUUGGUGCAGAUGUAAGCGAGGACCAGUUACAAAACUUACCUAAAGAUGUACCGAAUUUAACUUCGUUUGUUGGUCUGGCUGAAGACUUGAAUAUGAUAGAAACUGGAACUGUUGACCUGGUCACUAUCGCUACUGGACUUCACUGGGUCAACGUUGACAAGUAUUGCAUUGUUAUAGCGUUUAUAUGUGUGUGUGUGUGAGAGUAUUGCCUGGGGGCAUGUUUAUAUGUUUGACUGUUUACACAUUUUAUCUUCUUCUAUAGCAGGGGUUUUCAACCCGUGGGUCGCGACCCCCUUGGGGGUCGAUUGACGAUUUGCCAGGGGUCGCCUAAGACCAUCGAAAACAAGGAUUGUUAU